CAAGUGACAGCUGACAUUCCCGCACCUGUCAAGUGCCCGUUUUAUUGGAUAAUUUCUAACUUAAUUAAAAUGGAAACGAUCCUCUAAUCACCCCGUUUUCACGAAAUGGACCGAGCCACCUCCUCCGGCCCCACGACCCUGCAACUUUCGUUUUAAACAUUUGCUUCAGCCGUUGAAAUUUUGGGGCACAGUGCAAAGAAGUGGGAAUACUAGAUGCCGCGCAGGCGGCAGUACUGUAAGGGGCGGUGCGAUGCUCAGCUUGGAGCAGGAAGUGGGAGCCUGGGAUUCUGUACUUCUUGAGCCUCUAACCGAAGACACGUUCAUUGGGAAUUUGCAGCAACGGUUCAAGCGCGACCACAUCUACACCUACAUCGGCAACGUCCUGGUGUCAGUCAACCCGUACAAAAAACUAGCGCUUUACUCGACCGAUUUGGUGGAGACCUACGUGAAAAGGGGACCGUUUCAGUUGCCCCCACACAUAUAUGCGAUUGCGGGGUCGGCGUAUAGGUGGCUGAAUGAUAGAAAUGAGGACCAAUGUAUUAUUGUUACAGGUGAAAGUGGAGCUGGGAAGACCGAGGCGGCUCGAAUUGUUCUACAGUUUUUAGUACUAGUUUCUGGUGAUAUUUCUGAAGUUAAACUUAUGAAGGACCGCUUAGUGCAAGCUAAUACGUUAUUGGAGGCUUUUGGGAAUGCUCGAACUAUGAAAAAUGAUAACGCGUCAAGAUUUGGGAAGUUUCUAGAUAUAGAGUUUGAUUAUAAAGGAGAUCCUGUGAGUGGGCAUUUAACUCACUAUUUUUUGGAUAAGGCCAGAGUCACGUCUUUGUCCCCAGGUGACCGAAAUUUUCACAUUUUUUAUCAAUUACUGUCUGGUGCAGAUAUACAUUUACUGAAAUGCCUAAAACUCCAACGCAAUGUAGAACAUUACACCAUUUUACAAACAAACCGCAACCAGCCAACUUUGACCGACGACGAAGACAAAAAACUCUUUGUUUACACGAAAAGUGCAUUGGAAAUACUAGGUUUUAACGUUGAAGACAUUGUCGAUAUAUUUCAAGUUAUUGCAAUUGUUUUAAAAUUAGGUAAUUUGCAGUUUGUGCCUUGUAAUAACAUAGAUGGUACCGAGGGAUGCGCGAUUAGCAAUGAAUACGAGUUGUUUGAGAUUUGUGAGUUGCUGGGUGCUGAGCACAGGUGGCUACAGAGGGCGCUGACAAGUCGGCAGAUUGAAGACGGGAUUUUGACGGAUCUCAGCGCGUAUGAAGCCUCAAAAGCCAGGGAUAAUUUGUGCAGGACUUUGUACAGCCGGCUUUUUACGUGGCUGAUAAAUAAGAUUAAUGAAAUUUUGAAGGGCCAGAGAUUGGGGAAGCGCAAAGUUUUGGGAGUUUUGGAUUUGUACGGCUUCGAGGUAUUCGAAAAAAAUUCAUUCGAGCAACUAAUCAUCAACUACUGUAACGAAAAAUUACACCAAUUCAUUGCUAACAUCACACUCAAAGAAGAACAAGAAGAGGUGAUACGAGAAGGCUUAGAGUGGUCGAAAAUAGAGUAUUUUAAUAAUAUAGUUAUAUGUCAAUUGUUGGAACAUGAGAGUCACGGAAUCCUAACACUCCUCGAAGAACCUCAUGUUCAGAGUGAUUCUGCCUAUCUUAUGCGAGUGGAACAGUGCUGCGCUGGUCAUUCUUACUGUCUCGCAGCGGACGCAACACUGCCACAAUAUAGUUUCCAAGUACGCCAUUACGCGGGCACCGUCACCUACAACGUGCACGACUUCCUCGAGAAAAACCGCGAUUCUCUCCCCAAGGAAGUCUCUCGCGCCAUGUUCCGCUUCGACCACCCCCUAAUGAAGCCCCUCUUCCCCGAAGGCAACCCCAAACGCUGCAGCUUCAAGCGCCCCGUCUCCAAAUCCGUGCAACUCCAAGUCUCCCUCAGCUCGCUCCUCAAAAGCUUGAACUCCCGCCAAAUCCACUACAUCAGGUGUCUUAAACCCAACGAAAUGAAGCAACCCCGAAUCUUAGAGAUGGCCUUAAUACAACAUCAGGUGCGCUACUUGAGCCUGAUCCCCACUGUCCAAAUCUGGCGUUCCGGCUACUGUUAUCGAUUAGCAUAUCCGCAGUUUCUUUGUCGUUAUAAGAUGAUUUGCGUCAACACGUGGCCUAGAUGGCGAGGAUCGCCGAUAGAGGGUGUUUCAGUGCUGCUACGAUCACUGCCAAUACCUAGCGCGGAAUUUACGUUCGGUAGAAAUAAGCUGUUCGUGAGGAGUCCGCGGACGGUUUUCGAGUUGGAGGACUUCAGGAGGGUGCGACUGCACGACCUGGCGCUGCUCAUACAGAAGAGUUGGAGGGGGUUCAGGCAGAGGAGGAGGUUCCAGAAGCUGAGGAGGUGUCAGCUGGUCAUCGCGUCGGCGUGGAGGAGUUGGAGGGCUCAAGAGGAAUACAGAACCUUAAAACACCGAAAACAAGUCGAGUGGGCUACGAGAGUAAUCCAAAGACACUACAUACAGUGGAAGCGAAAACGAUAUCUCCUUGUCCUGUGGAAAUUGUUACCAGCGGACGCCGACUCCCCAAUUUGUCGAGAAUGGCCAUCAUGUUCUUCCAGGUUAUCCGAAUGCAACACUUUGCUGAAAAAGAUCCACCACAGAUGGCGCUGCCAUAAGUACCGACUCAAGUUCGACCAAACCGCGCGAAAUCGCAUGAGGGAAAAAGUAACAGCUAGUUUUAUUUUCAAAGAGAGAAAAUGUUCAUAUCCCAGAAGUGUUUCUCACCCUUUCCUCGGGGAUUACGUUCGGCUGCGCCAAAACAUCCAAUGGAAAAAAAUUUGCCUAGAAAGUAACGACCAAUACGUAGUUUUUGCUGAUAUUAUUAAUAAGAUAACUCGUUCGAGUGGCAAGUUCGCACCCAUUCUUCUGGUUGUAUCAACACGGUCCAUGUUGAUUCUCGAUCAACGUACUUUACAAAUAAAAUAUCGAGUGCCUGCUACAGAGAUCUAUCGCAUGUCUCUGUCACCGUUUCUGGACGACGUCGCGGUUGUUCACGUCAGAGCGUCGUCGGUAGCCAACGCAGAAACCUCCAGUUCAAAUUCCGAUGCGACCGGUUGCUUAUUUCAGAGCGACUUAAGCAAGAAAAAGGGCGACUUCGUGUUCCAAACCGGCCACGUCAUCGAGAUCGUCACCAAGCUGUUCCUGGUGGUCCAAAACGCCACCGGGAAGCCGCCGGAAGUCAACGUCACGACAGAGUUCGAGGCGAACUUCGGCUCCCAGACGGUCACCUUCACGUUCAAGUGUAUGGGGUUGCCGGAGGUGCAGCCGGGGCAGAUCCGGGUCGUACGCAAAGGCAACAAAAUGGAAGUGCACGUGUGACAUUUUGCCAAACAUAUCCUCCAGACCAGCAUUAUGAUCACUGCCAUUAGAGAUACUCCUUGCACAAUAGACUUGAAGGGGAUUUUUUUCUGUGUGGUUCCAGUUUGAAGCGAUGUCGUGUUGACCAAAUUGCAUCCUAGAUCUAGCGUAAGGAUGGUUUUAAAAAUUUUCGGGCUGAAAUUUUAAGGAAGUACCUUUAUAUUAAACAAUCAGUUAGCUUACAUAUUAAUAAACCCCAUUACGAGCAAAAUAACUUUUUAAUAGUUGAAAUUCCUCGGAUCUUGUUCGGAAAUUCCUACGUCUGUAUACUUAAAUUUUUUUAAUACUAGAACUAAAAUGACUAGUUAGGUUAUGCGUUUAAUGAUUUGUGACGUAUUUUUGUUGGUUCACACAGUGUAUAAAAUGUUGAUAGUGUACAUUAUCUACAUUUUUUCUAAGUUCUCUACAUUGUAUAUUCCAUAGCAAUAUGUUAAUAAACAAGUUAUAUUUUUA